AUGUUGGGUUUGAACAGGAUUGUGAGCCUCCGGGCAGCCCGGAUUCGCAGCUGUGGUUCACCGGGAGUCAGACUCUCUUCCCGGUCUUCGUCAUGCCAAAACCUCGGUGCCAGCUCGAGGAUUUACUGUGCGUGUCUGUUGCUGCUGCUGCUCGUCACCCCUCGAGUGGACUCAUGGUGGUACAUUGGUGCAUUGGGUGCCCGUGUGAUCUGUAACAACAUCCCAGCCUUGGUGAACAAGCAGCGGCAACUCUGCCAAAGCCACCCAGAUAUCAUGCAAGCCAUCGGUGAGGGCACAAAGGAGUGGAUCAGAGAGUGCCAGCACCAGUUCAGACACCAUCGCUGGAAUUGCAGCACACUGGAACGUGACCCCACCGUGUUUGGACGUGUUUUGCUACGGAGCAGUCGUGAAGCAGCAUUCGUCUACGCCAUCUCAUCAGCAGGAGUGGUGUAUGCGCUUACUCGCGCUUGCAGCCAAGGGGAGCUGAAGACAUGCAACUGUGACCCGCACAAGCGUGGACGGGCCAGCGAUGAGAGAGGAGAAUUUGAUUGGGGUGGCUGCAGUGAUAAUAUUAACUACGGGAUAAAGUUUGCCAAAGCCUUCAUAGAUGCCAAAGAGAGGACCGUCCGAGAUGCACGGGCACUCAUGAACCUACACAACAACCGCUGUGGCAGAACAGCAGUGAAGCGUUUCAUGAAGCUGGAGUGUAAAUGUCACGGUGUGAGUGGCUCGUGCACACUGCGGACAUGCUGGAUGGCCAUGUCAGACUUCAGGAAGACCGGUGACUACCUGAGGAGGAAGUACAAUGGGGCCAUCGAGGUGACAAUGAAUCAGGAUGGGACAGGCUUCGCUGUAGCUAAUAAAGCCUUCAGAAAGGCCACCAAGAACGACCUGGUCUACUUUGAAACCUCCCCGGAUUACUGCCUGCUAGACAAAGAAGCAGGGUCCCUGGGCACGGCUGGGCGUGUCUGCAAUAAGUCAUCACGUGGCACCGACGGCUGCGAGGUCAUGUGCUGUGGACGGGGGUACGACACCACCCGAGUCAAGCAAAUCACCAAGUGUGAGUGCAAGUUCAAAUGGUGCUGCGCUGUGGAGUGUAAGGACUGCGAGGAAGCUGUGGACAUACACACGUGCAAGUCCCCCAAAAGAGCUGAAUGGUUGGACCAGACCUGAGGACGCACCCCCUGUAAUGCAACCCCACCCCUUUCCCCUUUGCAGGUCAUCCUGUGGAAUCUGGAAUUCUGGGAAAGUUUGUCCAAAAGUGCUCUGCAUCUCCGCCCUCCCCUG